CCAUAUAAAGGUGACGAAAAAAUAUGGCGAGACUUUAGUGAGUGCAGGUCAGGCGCAUGUGAGGAGGUGACAUGGCCGCAGCUGAUGUGAAAAAGGUUUUGCAAUUAAAACAUCAGCUGAAAGAAUCCUGUGAAGGACACACGCUGCUGAAAAUCUUGAAGAAACUUGAAGUAUUGGAUAUUACGCUUGGAAUUCUCGCUGAAACAGGAAUUGGAAAAGUUGUCAACUCCUUUCGGAAGCAUGAUGAGGCAGGAAAGGUGGCAAAAACAUUGGUUAACAGAUGGAAAUCGCUUGUUCCGAAAGACUCUACAAGUUCGAGUGGUGGAAAGCCUGAUGACUGCCUAACCCAAAAUGAAGAGCUUAAUAAAAAAGUUCAAGAAAGGAAUAAACAUGAAAACAGCCAGUUGUCAGAGGCUGCCAAUUCUAGAAAGAAGCCUAAAAAUGAGAAUUCUAGUACUGAAAAGAAAAUGUCACAGAAUGCCGACAUUAAAUGUAAAAACAAGCCCAGUCAAUCCAAAAUCUACUUGAAUAGUGAAAAAAAGGAUGAGGCAAAAAAACAUUCAGGUUUAAACGAGGGCUCAUGGAGUCACGGGACAGACCAUGGCAAUGAAAAGACAAGCAGCGAGCACACAAAACAUGAAAGCAAAAAGACUGAGAAGGUUUCUGGCAUAACAAAAAAACAGGAGAAUGCAAAACUUGAAAAAUCUCUGAAAAGACCUGAAGCGACGCAAAAGCAGAGAGAGAAGACUGGAGAUGCAUGCAGGAAAAAAAAGAUGGAGAAGGCCAAAGACAAAUUAGUAGCAAUGGAGACUGACAAAGAGGCUGAGGAUAGCUGUGAAACACCUUCCAUGUCCUUUGAGGCCUACCUGAGCUAUGACCUUGAGCCUCCCAAACGCAAAAAAACUUUUGGUGUUGCUAAGAAUCCGAAGAGGCUUAAAACUGCCCACAAAGAAAACUCUUGUGUGUCUGUUGUGAAGUCAAGCAAGGCAGUGAUGGAAAACCCAAUGACAACGGUCCCUGAGCGGUCAGUGAUGGACUUGCUAAACGUUCCAUUGCCAAUCAGUUUUCCCGAUUGCGAGGACGUUUCUCAGUAUCAGUACUUGAGUGAAAAGAAAGCUGAUAAAAAGAUCGUUGAUGUCUGUGAAGAGGCCCCGCUCUUCAUUGGACAGAGGCUGAAGAAUAAGAUGCAAGUGUACUCUGGGAGUAAGAUGACGUAUUUGCCCACAAUGAUGACGCUGUACCAGCAGUGCAUUCGAGCGCUGCAGAACAACAUUGACUCUCUCUAUGAAAUUGGAGGGGUGCCGUUUGAGAUUUUGGAACCAGUACUAGAGCGCUGCACGCCUGAACAGCUCCUCCGGAUUGAGGAGUAUAACCCAGUGUACAUUGGGGUGACAGACCACCUGUGGGAGAGACACUGCCAGAAGGACUUCAGAAACGCCCAGCUGGAGGAGUAUGAAUCUUGGAGAGAGAUGUACCUCCGCAUGUCCGAGGAGAGGGAGAGAAAACUAAAGCAACUCACAAAGAGCAUUGUUUCUGCUCACUCCGGGAAGCCCAAAGGCAGACAGGUGAAGAUGGCUUUUAUUCACUCAGCUGCUAAGCCACCUAGAAAUGUGAGGAUCCAACAGGAGAUUCACGGCACAGCCGGCCCCGUGACACUACCUCACCCAACAGACAGAGCCAGCACUGGGAAACCCAGUGAGAAUCGGGGAAGAUCUGGCUUCAGUGAGACCUCCACUAACAACUCUGGCCAAGCUCAAGACCCCCGAAAGAUUAAAAGAGUGGCACCCAUGAUGGCAAAGUCCCUAAAAGCCUUUAAAAAGCAGCUUAGUCGCCGAUGAAUGUAGAAGGUAGCACUAAAAGUAUACCAUCCCCUUACGGUCUAAAUAGUUUGGAGUC